UCGACACUGAUGAAUCUAGGUGGACGUGAUGUCGUGCCACUAACACAUUACAACCCACCAACGCGCCGCCAAUCAGGCGCGUCUCUUUGACCUCAGUGGCUCAUCCCGAGACGCAAUACUCCAAGUCGCCAUUGACCCAUUCCCAUUCUCGCUUACGUUUCUUUUGCCCAAUUCCACAUUGCACAGCCUACGGCUUUCGCUCGCUACUGUCACCCCUCGUUCGUGUACCUCGCUUGCGAUCCGCGGCAGACCAUGUUCCGUCCUAGGCCUUGUACGUGACGACGACACACGACCCAACACCUCUGGCUCCAAUCAUCGACAGUCACGACAUGGAGCGCAAGCGCAAGCUGCCCGCCCGGGCGGCAGCGCGUGUCGAAAGUGAGGCCAAGCGACGCCAGUCGACGCCCCGCGAGAAGAGCGAAGAGCCCACGCCGGCACCGGUGGUCGAGGAGCCCCCAGCCCAACCGUCGCUACCUCGCUCCAUACAACCAGGCAAGCCACUGCCUACCGUGGAAGAUGCACAACCGGACGAUCUGUCAUUGAAGGAGUAUCAGUCAAUAAGCGAAAGUGGCGUCCUGGCCGAAUCAAUAUCACGAUCGCGACACAAAUGGAUCAAUGAUGGCUUGUUUGAGAAAUAUUGGACGAAACCGCACAAGCGGAAAGGAGUGGUGAACGAAGACCCCAAGAAUCCGCCAAAAGAGAGCAUGGUCAAGGUCGGGACCGUCCAAAUCACGAUCGAGCCUCACAUGAUCGAAGCGACCAUGUACACAGUCAAGGACCCAAAGAAGCCAGUGCCGCCAGCCACACAACCGCACAACCAGGCACGACCUGUAAUACAAUACGGGCCGCCAAACGGCAUGAUGCCACCGCCACGAACGGGGACGCCUGGGGCUGGAUCGCCAGCUCCUGAGGGGAAAAUGCUCGCACCCAGUCCGGCACCCAACAAUGCGCAGCCUCCGCAACGGUCGCCUUCAUUAGACCAAGGAACCAGGGCACCGGUGUCUGCGUCGCCGGCUCCCAGCUACCCGCCUCGACCGGUUGCUAUACCUGCUUCUAAGCCCACGCCGCCCCCGGGGAAUACAGGGCCAACGCGCCCGCCGCAGGCCACUACCCCAUCGGCGCCCAGUGCGCCAUCAACACCUGCGACAAAACCCCCUGUGGCGCCCAAUGCAGGUCCAGGGAAAGAUCAUGCGCCAUCUCAUGCGACUGGCGGCCCUCAACCGACAGCAGUAGGGGCGGCUCCCGCUGCGGCCCCAACAACAACCAAAACCGUCACAAAUGAUCCAGUCAUUGCGCUUCUGGCUCAGAAAGCUGGGGCCGACGACGAGCUGAAGGAUCUAAUGAGGCGAGUGGCGCAUAACCAGGCAACCACGGCGGAACUGGCCAAAUUCCAGGGCAUUAUUGAUCAGUUGAAUGCCGAGUACAAAAGAGGAGGGGGCCAGCAGGGGCCUUCGGCUGAUCGUUUGCUCGUGGACCAGAGGACAGUUCGGUACUUUGCGGACGAAGUGUGCGCCAUUCUGGAUAUUGUUCUCGCUUCGAAUCCAGAUCAGCGAGCGGCGGACCUGAGACCACCACCACGCAGUGACCCCCUCGUCGUGCUUCUUGUCAAGCGCGCUCUGGAGCACAAACCGACGAGGGAAAUCUGUCGGCGCAUUGUGGCCGAGAAGCCAAACUAUACCGACGCAACUGACUUGAAGACGAUCCUGGACCGGCUUCUGCAAGAAUCGAAGACACCGUCGCGAGGAACACCCACGCCCGCGCAACCCAAGCCAGCUGCACCAGGCCCGAACAUGGCAGCGAACGGUUACGUGAACGGGCACCCCCCGGCACAGGGAGCUACACAUCCCUCACAACAAGCGUUGCGCUCAAAGGGACCGCCGCCUGCGCCAAAGCAGGAGAUUUCUGCUGUGGUAUUCGACUUUGGCGGUGGCGAUCGAUUUUUAUUCCCGAAAUUCAGCAUCUUAGAGUAUAUACCAACACCUGUCGGACAACAGGUGAUCGCAUCGUUCCUGAUCAUCCGGAAAGGGAGCACCAUCGAGUACGGCGGAGACCCAGCGCUUGACUAUUACCAGCCUGUCACCAUUCGACUGUACGCACACAGCGGACGCCACCUGGAGAACCUGGCUAGGGUCGUGGCGCCCCCGUCGGAGGUGCGUGCUUACAUGGAGAAUGUCAUGGACAACAUGACCAGAGCCGAAUACAUUCUGCUUGCCAUGCGUCUGCCGCGCUUCACGAAAGAUGAGGGUGACUCCAGCGGCAACCGCAGCGAGGACGCUAAGGCUGCACGGGGCACACCGCAGGCUGAGAAGGAGCCGGAGAAGUCGACUGUUGCGAAGCCAGAGGUUCUGUGGACUACGCCGGCGGCUGCCAAGUCGGAAAAGUCCUCUCGCGCCCUCAAAUCGAGAGAGGCAGAAGAGGAGACGCAGGCCCAGUACCGGCGACUGAUAAACUCGAUAGCGGCCAAAGACUCGGCCGCUGUGUGAUAGGAGACGAUGUGUGACUGUCAUUACAUGUAUCAAUGUCAGGAGGGUAUGAGUACGGGCUGGGGCCACACAUGGCGUCAUCUUGGGAAUGAAGACUGAACUAGCGAGUGAUUUACAUAAUACCCUGAUUCUGAUAAUAUCAAGCAGUGGCAUUCAAAGGUUGUGCUCCUGUGACUGUGGAGUUGAAGCCGUCUCGAGUGGCAUACUUGUACGAGAACUUCUGCUGACAUUGGUCCUUGACGGAACCACUCGCCUGGGACGAAAGAUUGCAAGUCGAGCUUGGAAUCCCAGCAGGGCAAAUCGGUGUUGCAUCUUCAGACGGAGAGUUGUCUAAUUAAACAUUAGAGUACUCGUUGAUCACGAAAUAAUU